UGAUAAUAUAUUAUGGAUCAACAGAAAAAACAAGACCCAAACAUAGCUAUUAAGGACUCCGAUAUGAGUAAUGAAGAAGAAAGUAAAGACAAGUUAAAGGCAAUCAUGAAAUCAGCAAGCAGCAAAGAAAUUGAUUCCUUCAGCCAAGAUAAUCCCAGUUCAAAUGCUUGAGUAAAGGAUGAAAUUUCAGCUAAUGUUGACCAUUCCAGCACGAGUCCAGUAAAGCAAGAGCUUGAAAAUACUCUCCAAAAUAUCUGCAAUAUGCUACAAAUGAAAACCAGCCACGAAGAAAUCAAGGAGAAGGUAGAAGACUUUAUUGACAAGAUGAAAGAAGUGGAAUCAAUCCGAGAAAGCCAGCUUCCUGUGACCCCCUCUCCGCCAUCAUCUUCUUAUAAAGACAGUGAAAGCUGAGGUUUGAGUUCUAGGCCAUCCGAUGUUUUCAGAAUAGACUCUGAUAUCAAUAUAAAGACAGGGAAAUCAUCUGAAGAGUUCACCUCUGAGAUGGACUCGACAUUCAAAAACCCAAGUAGAAGCCAAAAAUUAGGGGGGUCUGGCCACCCUCAGUCAAGUAACAACACUCCUGUCAAAAUUCACCAAGAGAAAAACCAGGAAUAUUCCGAAGUAUUGGGUGAACUUAUAGAUGAAAUCAAAAACUGUGAAGAUUCUGGACUGAAGUGCCCCACUCCGAUGAACACUUCUGACAAAAGUUCCAGUCAGAUCCAGCCUCAAGAGCAAGAGCCUAAUUUUGAAAACUGUAACGAGAAUACUGGAAAUUUACAAGACUCUACCUUAGUGGGAAUAAUCAAUCAGAUAGAUAAAGAUAGGAUCAGAGACAUUGAAAAGAGACGCCCUAAGAAUGCAACAUCUGGGGGACAGAAACUAGUGAUGACCCUUCUAACUGUCUGAUGCAUUCUUCUCCUAUAUUUAGUAAUAAGUUCAAGAAUGACACCAGUUACUCAAAAUUUAGUAUCGAAGGAGAUAGGAAAAACUGUUUGAGAUACCAGUCAUUAUCAGUCGACCCUUGACUUUCUUGUUGAACAGAAUCUCAAUAUGUCAACUAAAGUAACUACCUAUUUUGUGUAGAUAUUGUUAUUUUUUAACAGUGUCUAGAUUCACUAAAUCUGUCUUUUUGCCUAAAAUCCUUCUAUAUAGCAGAGUUAAAGGCAGAACUGGCCAGAGUGGAGGAAGACAAGAUGGCUCUGGUUCAAACCAUGAACAGACACAUAGAGUUAAUAUCAGCAGAAGUUGGAUAAUUUAUAUAAAAAAGCAGUGUAAUAUCUCAAAAUUCAAC